AUGUCUGUCCGGCUGGCUCUGAUCCUGGGGGCUGCACUCUGUCUCCACACCUUCUGCAGCCUUUCAGACUCUGAAGAGCCAAGAUGCCAGGGGGCCCCUCCGGACCGCCUCAGUCUAGCCCGCAACAAGACAGACUUUGCCUUCACCCUCUACAAGCGCUUGGCUGCCCAGAGUCCUGGGUCUAACAUCAUCUUCUCCCCAAUCAGCGUCUCCAUUGCCUUGGCCUUGCAGGCACUGGGGACUGGCUGCCACACCAACAAUGAGAUCCUACAGGGCCUCAAAUUCAAGCUGACCAAGAACACUGACAAGAUCCCCCAAGGCUUCCAGCGGAUACUGAGAAAUCUGAGCCGGACUGGGACACCCCUGCAGCUCCAUGUGAACACGAACUUGUUCCUAGACCAGCAACUGCUCCUGAAGAAGGGCUACAUCCAGAGGUUCCGGAGGUUGUACUCUACCAGUGCUGUCUCCACAGACUUCCGGAAUCCCGCUGUUGCCGAGAAGCUCAUCAAUGAUUAUGUGGAGCAGAAAAUCCAAAGGGAGAUCAAGAAGGUGUUCUAUAGCCUGAAUGCAAAGAAAAAGAUGGUCUUGGUGAACUCUGUCCUCUUCAAAGCCAAGUGGAAGAUGCCUUUUGACCCUGAUUACAACUUCAUUUCAAAUUUCUACGUGAGCCCAACUCGGUUGGUGCAGGUACUCGGGACAAGCUCUGAGAAGAAGAACAUACUCUACUUCUGGGAUGAGAAGUACUCUCUCAGUAUUGUGCAGCACCCAUACAUGGAUGGCCAUGUCAGCAUGCUCCUCAUCCUCCCUAACAAUGGCGCCAUGCCCAAGCUGGAGGCUGAACUGAACAUGGACAUGAUCUAUUUCUGGAGGAACUCGACGAGGCCAAGGCAAAUGACCAUGUACCUGCCCAAGUUCUACAUCUCAAGGACCUACAAGCUGGAGGAAGUCCAGCCUAAGCUGAGCAUGGUCAAGUACUUCUCCCAGAGGGCAGAUUUCUCAGUCCUCACCACUGCCAUAAACUCAAGACGCCAGGUGGUCCUCAAGUUUUUGCCGGAUAAAGGCACUGAAGAAACUCUCUUCCGGGGAAACUCCAACCCUCCUCCAGGAUCAUUGGAGAUUAUAAACUUCAACAGGCCCUUCAUGCUGAUUGUCAUCUCUGAGGACACACAGAACAUCCUCUUCCUGGGCAAAGUGGAAAACCCCAAGGAGCUCUGA